GAGUUUGGGAAUCUGCAGACGAGAGCAGUUCAUGUGACGUCUGUUCCCGGGAGAUCGACGGAGGCGUGAGUGAGUGAGUGCGCGCGCGCGCGCGAAGGAUGCUGAGCUGAACAGCUGAUUCUGUGCAUUUAACCAGUAUGGACAGCUCCAUUACGCUAACCUAGCAUCUAUUGCAGUAUAUAAAGGGAUCCAUUUUCACUAAACGCUGCAAAGGAAAAGGCACCAGCCUCACAAUGGAGCGUGCUCUUCAUUCACCUGGACGGACACGGGAAGAGUACCGGUACCAAACGGUGCGUCCUUCAUCCCAGCUCACUUCAAGGUCUGCCUUCAGCUUUGGGUCUACAGCACCGCCGAGAGGUAAUGCAAUCCUUAGCGAAUUCGCCGCUAAUCCGGCCGAAAGCUUCGAUUUUACAAACAAAUAUGCAGGUGGAAAGAAUCUGAGGAAAAUCAGUGAGAAAGAGUUACUGCAGGGGCUCAAUGACCGCUUCGCCGGAUUCAUCGAGAAGGUCCAUCACCUGGAAAACCAAAACAGAGCACUAGAGAAAGAAAUCGAGGCUAUUAAAGUGAGAGCAAAAUCCUCUGCCUCUCUGUCCAAAGAGUAUGACCCAGAACUUAGUAGUCUGAGGCAGCAAGUUCAUGAGAUAGGCCUUCAAAAGCAUCAAAUUGAGACAAACCGCCAGAACCUGGAGCAAGAGUUUAACACUUUGAGAGAAAAGUAUGAGAGAGAGGCUCGUGGUCGAAGCGAUGUGGAGGACAGCAUAUCAGUACUAAAGAAUUGCAUUAGUGAUGCAUACCUAGCCAAACAAGAGAUGGACAGGAAAGCUAAAGCUCUCGAAGAGGAGAUAAGCUUCUUGAAGAAAAACCACGAAAGCGAGGUAGCCGAAAUGAUGGCCCAAAUCCAAGAGGGUCACGUGACAGCAGAAAGAAGUGAUUUUAGUAGAAGUGAUGUCACUGCAGCUCUGAGAGACAUCAGGAUGCAACUCGAAGGUCACACGGAUCCUGACAUCCGAUAUGCUGAGGAACGCUUUCGAGCGCAGCUCGCUAAACUGACCAAAGCUGCUGAGGUCAACAGAGAAGCCCUCAUGGCCACUAAAGCAGAGAUUAAUGAACACCGGAGACAGCUCCAGUCCAGGAGCAUUGAGCUCGACUCUGUGAAUGGAGUGAGGGAAGCGCUGGAGAGGCAGCUGUAUGACCUCGAGCAACGGCACAAUGCUGAAAUCCAUCACUACCAGGACACAAUCAGAGAGCUGGAAUUUGAGCUGAAAAAUGCUAAAUGUGACAUGAGCAGUCAUCUGAGGGAGUACCAGGACCUUCUCAAUGUCAAAACGGCACUGGACACUGAAAUUUAUUCCUACAGAAAACUUCUGGAGGGUGAAGAGUCAAGGUACUCUACAAUCUCAGAUGCGCACAUUUCAGUACCAUACAUUUACAGACAGUCACCCAUCUAUACUAUCCCUUGUGUCAAAAGGCAGGGGGGAGCAACUCAAAAAGCAGAGCCUCAGUACAAAUUUGUUGAAGAGAUUAUUACAGAAACCACCAGAGAAGAUGUGGAGAUAUCAGACACUGGCUCUGAAAAGAGUGAGGAGGGAAGAGAGGGUGACAAACCAGACGAGGAGAGUGGUGAGAAAGAUGCAGAGGGUGAAACUCCACAAGUGGCCAAAGAUACUGAAGAACCAGUCAUAGUGAAUGGCAAUGAAACCAAUCCUGAAUUAGAUACAGAGGAAACUGAAGUCGAACUAAGUGUUGAAAAAGAAGAUGAGCCAGCUGAUUCUGAGGUACAAGAAGAUGCUGACUCUGAACCAACCCAGGACUCUACAGAACAAGCCACUGAUGAACAAGAUAAAGAUGAGGAUGAAAAAGGCACAGAGCACAAAGACCUGAAGAAUGACGUGCAGGGAAAGGUAGAAGAACCUGAGGAGGAAAAUAAACAAGCUAAAGAGACAAAGAAAGAUGUCCCCAAACCAGAUCUGUCAGAAAAUCAAGAAAUGCCAGAGAAAUCAGAAAUUGUACCAAAAGACAAACCAUCUCAAGAACCACAGGAUCCUGAAGCAACAACUGAAGUUAAACCUAAGCCUGGUGGGCAGACUGUUGGGGUAACUUCUCCAAAAACCGAAGAUGAUAAAAUCUCAUCUCAAGAAUCUACAACUGCAAAAUCAACAGAGAAAGAGAAAGAAUUAGCUCCAGUGCAGCCUGUGGAGGAAGAUACUCCCAAACCAGAUAAACAAGCAUCUCCCGAACAUACGAAGAGUGGAAAACAGACUACUGGAGAGGACACUUCUUUAAAAAGAGACAAACCUGAUACUGUAAAGGAAGAAACUAAGAAAUAUGAGCCUAUGGAAAAAGACCAAGAGGAUAACAACAAACUAACAGAGAAACCUGUGGGGACAAAGCAAGAGGCUCAAUCAAGUAAAGACGAAAAGGAACAUAAACCUGAAGAGUCUGUAAAAGAUAGCAAAGUUGAACUGGUAGACAACAUGAAAACAGAAAAGGAUGCAAGUAUCAGUGCUAAAGGUCAAGAAAAGACACAAAAAGAGCUUUCAAAGGAUGCAGAAGGACAUUCACAACCUGAAGAGUCAAAGAAACAGGAGGAAAGCAGUAGUAGUCAAACAAGUGUGACAAUAGAAAAGGGUGAAACUGGCAAGCUAAAAGAAACAGAAAAGACACAAGAAGACCUUUCCAAAGUUGCUGACGAAAAAUCCCAACCUCAAAAGUCUCAAAUACAGGAGGACCAAAAAAGUGUAGACAGCAUCAAAACAGAAAAGGUUGAGCAUGCCGAGACUAAUGAAAUUGAAAAGACAGAAGAGGACCUUUCAGAAGUUGUGGCAGAAAAAUCACAACCUGAAAAGUCACAGAUAUCAGAGGACCAAAAAAGUGACAGUGUAAAAACAGAUAAGGCUGAACACGCUAAGCCUAAAGAAACAGAAAAGGAUGCAAGUAUCAGUGCCAAAGAACAAGAAAAGACACAAAAAGAGCUUUCAAAAGAUGCAGAAGAACAAUCACAACCUGAAAAGUCAAAGAAACAGGAGGAAAGCAGUAGUAGUCAAACAAGUGUGACAAAAGAAAAGGGUGAAACUGGCAAGCUAAAAGAAACAGAAAAGACGCAAGAAGACCUUUCCAAAGUUGCUGACGAAAAAUCCCAACCUCAAAAGUCUCAAAUACAGGAAGACCAAAAAAGUGUAGACAGCAUCAUAACAGAAAAGGUUGAGCAUGCCAAGACUAAUGAAAUUGAAAAGACAGAAGAGGACCUUUCAGAAGUUGUGGCAGAAAAAUCACAACCUGAAAAGUCACAGAUACCGGAGGACCAAAAAAGUGACCGUAUAAAAACAGAAAAGGCUGAACACGCUAAGCCUAAAGAAACAGAAAAGGAUGCAAGUAUCAGUGCUAAAGAACAAGAAAAGACACAAAAAGAGCUUUCAAAAGAUGCAGAAAAACAAUCACAACCUGAAAAGUCAAAGAAACAGGAGGACAGCAGUAGUAGUCAAACAAGUGUGACAAUAGAAAAGGGUGAAACUGGCAAGCUAAAAGAAACAGAAAAGACCCAAGAAGACCUUUCCAAAGUUGUGGCAGAAAAAUCACAACCUGAAAAGUCACAGAUACCAGAUGACCAAAAAAGUGACAGUGUAAAAACAGAAAAGGCUGAAGACGCUAAGCAUAAAGAAAAAGAAAAGACACACAAGGACCUCUCCAAAGAUGAGGAAGAAAAAUCACCUGAAGAGUCAAAGAAACAGGAGGAAAGCAGUAGUAGUCAAACAAGUGUGACAAUAGAAAAGGGUGAAACUGGCAAGCUAAAAGAAACAGAAAAGACACAAGAAGACCUUUCCAAAGUUGCUGACGAAAAAUCCCAACCUCAAAAGUCUCAAAUACAGGAGGACCAAAAAAGUGUAGACAGCAUCAAAACAGAAAAGGUUGAGCAUGCCGAGACUAACGAAACUGAAAAGACACAAGAGGACCUUUCAGAAGUUGUGGAAGAAAAAUCACAACCUGAAAAGUCACAGAUAUCAGAGGACCAAAAAAGUGACCGUGUAAAAACAGAUAAGGCUGAACACGCUAAGUCUACAGAAACAGAAAAGACACACAAGGACCUCUCCAAAGGUGAGCAAGAAAAAUCACCUGAAGAGUCAAAGAAACAACAGGAGAGCAAAAGCGAUAGCAGUUCUGAAAGUGCAACAAGUGGAGAGGAAGCUAAAGUCACAGAGAAACAGGUUGAUGAAACACGGAGUAAUCAACCCCCCAAAACUCAGGAAAUAACAUCUGAUGCAAAGUCUGAGCAAAAGGAUAUUAAAAAAAGCAAAGAGGAGAUGCCUGAUAAAACUGUAGAGGUGGAUAGUGUGACAACCAAAGGCAGUGAAACCAGCAAAGAUGUUAAAAGUGAAGAAACUCUUCCAGAAGACAGUGGUGCACAUGAGCAGGUCAAAGAGAGCAGCAAGCAGGACAACAUGGACAUCAAAGGUCCAGAAGAAACAACUAAGCCCUCUAGUGGAAUGUAGAAUAUAAACAGCAGGAAAAAAAAUUUGAAAAGAGAAUGUUCAAAUCGCCCCCUUUUGAGCAUGACUUUAGAAACUGCUAACAGGAAGUGUGAUAUUUCUGAUGCAGAUGCAUGAGUACACUGUGAUCUGUGUGUACAUAAUGAAUGUGAAUUACGAGGAAUGUGCAAGAUUUUAUUUUGCUUUGUCCCUCGCUCUGAUCAGCUGAAUGUAUGUAUUAAAACAACGCUACAUAUUAACUGAAUAAAUACUGCAGCA